GCCGGAAGAUCGGCUCAGUUAGCUUUGUGACGUUAUAGUGGUGCCUCCGUACCGGUACGGACCAUCUGCGAUUCGACAGGAGUCAGGCAAACGAAAAUUAAACGAACAGAACGAGCGCCAUGGGGGCGUUGUUACACGAGACGGUAUGGCUCCUGCUAAUGGUUUGCGUUUUUGGAUUAGCGACAGGAGCACCUGUCUACGAUGAGGAACAAGGUCUAGUACCAUCCACAGCAGGGGAUGGCUGUUAUUACAAUUUUGUACAUUACGAGGAAGGGGAUAGGAUUUUAACGAAUGAACCGUGUCUGAAUUGUACUUGUUCCAACAAGAUGUUGAUGUGCUACCUGAGGGUCUGCCCGUUCAUGAGGGCAGUAGGUCAAGACUGCACUAUAGAAAAGAAACCGGACCAGUGCUGCCCGGUGGUAACUUGCCCACAAGUUCCAGUUGCCCUGUUGACAAGCACAACCACAACCUCACCGUCGACAUCCACGGCAGUAGGAAUGCUUGAUAACUACGGCUGUACUCUCGAAGAUAAUACUUUUUAUCCCGACGGUGCUCAGGUUCCAUCCCACCCUACAAGACCUUGUGAACUCUGCUACUGCAUAAGAAACCACACAGCAUGUAUUAUGCAAGAAUGUACCUUAAAUGUUGAUGGAUACAAACCAGUAUAUCAAGAUGGCGUAUGUUGCCCUGUUAGAUACGCUUUUGAAAGCACAGAGGUAAGCACAACCCCAAGGCCCACUCCUGGCCAUGUUGCACCCAAUGGAUCUCAGACUUGUUUCGGUCACAAUGGCACACUGUUCCGUGAUGGUGAAUUGAUGGAUAACUUCAGCUCGAACCCUUGUAAAAGGUGCUACUGCAUGUCAGGCAUAGUUGUAUGUGCUGUGAGAGAUUGUGGUGCCCCUAUGGAAGGAACUGACUGUGAACCGAUUGAACCAGAGGAAGGACAAUGUUGUCCUAGCUCAUACCGAUGUGCUAAUGGAAUAGUUCCUGCACCAUCAUUACCAGAGAAAGAACAUCAUUACACAAGUAACAACGAAAAAGAAGAAAACCAUAACAUAGCAGAUUCAAGCGCUAGCGAAUCUAUCCCUAGUGUAGAAAAUGAGAAUGUCCCUGAAGGUUUUGGAACUGGAGAAAAAGUUGGAGGUUUGAAACCGGAAAAUACAGAAAGCCACGAUUCAGAACCUUUGACACCCACAUCUGAUGAAGCUGCACAGGUUAUACCAGAAGGUACAGAAGAAGUUAAACCAUCUGAAUCUACUGAGAAAGUCCACAGCCUCGAAGUCACCUCAGAGCUGCCAGUCGAUACUGAAUCAGUGCACACUCAUACUGUAAACAAAGAGCAAGAGGGAGAUGUUGACAGAGAAUCCACUGAACAUGAAACGAGUCCAACAGAGACACCUGUAUCUCAUGGAGAAAUGGGCCAAGAUGCGCAGAAGCCAACCACUCAGGAGGAAUAUCAAGAAAAUGUUGAAGGAUCACAUGUCAAUGAAGAACAUUCAACACUUACACCUCACACUGAAACCUCACCAUUAGAUGACAAAAAUGAAUCACCUCAAACACUUGAAGAGACAUCAACACCAGGACUUGAAUCCAGUUCUGCAGAAACUGGUCCUACUGUAGCACCCAACGGAGAGCAGCCUGAAGGUGUCUUGACUCCGCAACAGACAAAACCUAGCGACCAUCUUACAUCAAAUGAAAUUCCUGAAUCUGUUUCGCUACCUUCUGAAGACAAUUCCGAGUUGGAACCGAUUGAAUCAGCUAGGAUUCCCGGUGAAGGAAGCUGUUUAGUUGAUGGAAAGACAUAUGCUCCCAACUCUGAAGUCCCCAAAAGUAACCCAUGCCAUAAAAUAUGCCACUGUGUAAAUUCAAUUGUGCAAUGUGAGCAAGUGAAAUGUCCUCCUCUUCCACCCUCUGCAGUAUAUUCGAAUUGUUUCCCAAUUGAAACUCCAGGUUCCUGCUGCCCUACUUUCAUGUGUGACCAAAAACCAUCCGAUGCACCAGAAAUUCAAAAUCAAGUCAGUAUUGAUAAAAUUGACAUGAGUAUUGAUGAGGAUGGUCACCUUAGCGCAACGCCUCAAGAGACGACCUCUCACCCACCCCAACAAGGAUUUACAGAAAGCACCGACCAAGUAACUGUUGUUCCUGGAAAAACUGAUGAUGUUCCUUUGGUACAUGGUGGAGAGUCGGCUUUCCACGGUGGAUCUGAAACUGUUUCUGCAGAAGAAAACAAACUAUCACAAAAUGGAGAGUCUGCUGCAGAACAUGUAGAAUUCGAGGAUAAAACUGAAGAAACCCAUUUACCAGAAAAUACAGAAACUGGCUUAAGUGAUAACAAGAACCAGAAAGAAGCACACACUGAAACAACGCAAAAACCUGUCGAAGAAGAAACCAGACCAGUUUCCAGUUUAGGAUCAGAGUCCCAUACCGAAAAACCGGAGUCUGAUUUUGGACAAAUUCACCAUCUAGACGGGUCAAGUCCCCAAGUAGAAAAUGCUAAUCACGAAUCAGAUUUCUCUCAGACCUCUGACAGUGAGCAUGAACCAUCCGAUAAUGAAAAAUCUCAGCCUGAAGUUACAACAGAAACUCAUGAAUCUCACCAAACCCACCCACCGACAACUGAAGUAGAGGGUCAAGAAGAACAUUCCAACCAAGCAUCUGAUAAUACAGAAUCGCAACCUGAACCUGAAACAGAGCAUCAAGAAUCACACCCUACACAACCCCCAACUAACGAAGAAUCUCAACCUGAACCUGAAACAGAGCAUCAAGAAUCACACCCUACACAACCCCCAACUAACGAAGAAUCUCAACCUGAACCUGAAACAGAGCAUCAAGAAUCACACCCUACACAACCGCUUCCAGAUGAAGAAUCUCAACAUGGUCAUGAAGCAGACAGUCAAGAAACACACCCUACACAGCCACUUCCACAUGAAGAAUCUCAACAUGGACAUGAAGCAGGCAGUCAAGAAACACAUCCUACGCAACCGCUGACUAGUGAAGAAUCGAGCCCAGAGUCUGAUGUAGAGAGCCAUGAAGAGCAUCCCAACCAACCUGCUGAUAAUGGAGAAUCUCGACCUCAUCCUGUAACAGUUAGUCACGAGGAACAAUCUACUCAAACACCAACCAAUGAAGAAUCUAGCCCUCAAACUGAAGUAGAGGGUCAUGAAGAACAUUCCCACCUCACUUCUGAUAAUGAAGAAUCUCAACCUGAACAUGAAACAGAAAGUCACGGGGAACAGUACAUUCACAUGCAUGGUGAAGAUCAUAAAUUAGCUGAAGAAGGAGCACCUGCACAGUCUGCUUCUAGUGAACCAACAACUGUACUCAACGAAAUGGAAGGCCAAGAAAAACACACCACUCAGUCUUAUAACAAGGAAGAACUUCAACCUGAAUCUGAAAGAGAUCAAACUCAAGAAUUGCAAUCGCUUGGUCAAGAAGAAGAAGAAAGUAACAAACCACAUUCUGAAUCAUCCAGCAAUGAAGAACCUCAGCCUGAAUCCGAAAAACACACUGAACAUACUGAAGCUCCACACAUUUCUCAUCCAGAGCCCAGUCUACCUCCUUCUGAAGAGGAAAGUGAUGUGACACAUUCUACACAUACACACGACGGUGAAGAACUUCAUCCCGGAUCGAGUGAAGAUUCAGAUUUAAAUGAAGGACCAACCCAACAAGCUGAAAUGUUAAGUAAUGAAUCACCACAUUCAACCCAAGCCACUCUCACAGAAGACCAUCAAACUGAAUCUGAACGAGGAAAUACAGAAUUACCCUCUACACAACCAACUUUUCAUAAAGAAUCUGAAACCCAGUCUGAAGUGGGAAAUGAUGAAGUUCAUCCCACCCUAGUCGCUGACAAUGAAAAGUUUCCAAGUGAACCAACAACUGUUUCCUCUGAAGGAGAAAGUCAAUCACACACUUUACAACCCCCAACAUAUGAAGAAUCUCACACCCAGACUGAAGAAGUAAAUAACGUCCAAGAGCCCGUUCAUGGAGAGUUUCAACCAAAUUCAGAGACGGAAGUUGAAAAUACUGAGCCUCAUCUCACCCAACACUCUGACAGUGAAAAAUCUCAGGCUGAAGCAAGCCAAGAAUCACACACUACUCUACCGACGACCAAUGAAGAAUCCAGCCCUGCCUCUGAAGAAGUGAGUCAUGAACACCAUUCUGACCAUGUCUCUGAUGAAGACAAAACCCAGCCGGAAACUGAAGAAGCAAGUCAAGAAUCUCACACCACUGUAUCGACGACCAGUGAAGAGACCAGCCCACACUCUGAAGUAGUGAGUCACGAACAACAUUCCGAUCAUGUUUCCGAUAAGGAAGAAACCCAGCCUGAAACUGAUGAAGCAAGUCAGGAAUCUCACACCCCUGUAUCAACGACCGGUGAAGAGUCCAGCCCACACUCUGAAGUAGUGAGCCAUGAACAACAUUCUGAUCAUGUUUCCGAUAAGGAAGAAACCCAGCCUGAAACUGAUGAAGCAAGUCAGGAAUCUCACACCACUGUAUCAACGACCGGUGAAGAGUCCAGUCCACACUCUGAAGUAGAGAGUCACGAACAACAUUCCGAUCAUAUCUCUGAUAAGGAAGAAACCCAGCCUGAAACUGAUGAAGCAAGUCAAGAAUCUCACACCACUGUAUCGACGACCAGUGAAGAGUCCAGUCCACACUCUGAAGUAGUGAGUCACGAACAACAUUCCGAUGAUGUUUCCGAUAAGGAAGAAACCCAGCCUGUAACUGAUGAAGCAAGUCAGGAAUCUCACACCACAGUGUCGACAACCGGUGAAGAGUCCAGUCCACAUUCUGAAGUAGUGAGUCAUGAACAUUCUGAUCAUGUCUUCGAUAAGGAAGAAACCCAGCCUGAAACUGGUGAAGCAAGUCAGGAAUCUCAUACCACUGUAUCGACGACCAGUGAAGAGUCCAGCCCUCACCCUGAAGGAGAAAGUCAUUCACAGCAAGUGCACACUGGUGAGGAGCAACCUGAAUUUGAGAAAGAAAGUGAAGGAGUGCAUCCGGCACAGGCUGCUUCCGAGGAAACGUCUACCCCACUAUCUGAAGAGGAAAGUCACGUGGCAUCUUCUCCACCAACUUUCAGUGAAAAUGUUGAUGCUGAACAUGAACUGCAUCCUACCCAAUCUAAAAACGAAAACGAUUUUAACAACCAAGUACCACUGGAAGACAAACAUGGCGAAACUGCAUCUGCUGAACCUGAAGUUUCAACAAGUGAACAAGGCUUUAGUGAAAAUCAUCUAGAACAUGAAGAACAUGUGGAACAUGCACCAGAAAAAACAACACAAGAGACUGAUAGACAUGAUGAAUCAUUGACUGAGUCUAAUGUUAAGCAUAAUGGCCAUGUAACUGAAUCAGUUGAUGUUGAACAUGAAGUUCCGACAACCGAAGGUCUGAGCUAUAGCUCUACAGAAAGCCAAACCCAUGAUAAUGCUGAAACUUCUCAUCAUGAAGAAAUGUCAUCACUGUCGCCAGAACAUCCAGUUGGUGAAGAGUCAUCAUCCGAAGCUUCAUUUGAAGUACCUGUAGAUGUUACAUCAGAAGGCCCAACAUUCUUUGAUAAUGCACACGAUUCAAACAAACAUGACAGUGCGAAUGAAUUUACUCCAGAUGCAUCAACCGAACAAAAUGAAGAACAUGUUGAGCAAAGUGAAGUAAGUUCUCCACAAACACCCUCACAUGAAGUAGAUGCUUCAACUCAUUCAUCUGAACAAGAUGUCCAUCAGGAAUCUCCGAAUGUAGUCAGCGGUGUUGCUUCACAAUCUGAAGGACAUGUGAGCAGCGAUGAAAGUUCUUCUCAAGAACAAGUUACUUCUCUUCCAGUUGUGGAUCAUUCUGAGUCGAUGCAGACAUCUUCAGAAACACCUGCAUUCUCUCACAGUGAAUCGCCUGAAAACGAGGAACUAGAAUCAUCAAAACAAAAUCCUACUACACUUGCCCCUGAACAUGAAAGCGUCAGUUUUCAUAAUGAACCCUCACAAUCAAAACCUGAUGAGAGUCAUCAAGAGAGUUCAUCGCACCAAGGAGAAGAACUGGCUGAAACUGAGCACACAGAAAAUGCACCAGUCGGUGGCACGGGAGAAUAUGAUCAGGGUUUGCCUAAUGUGGAGGAUCAAGCUGAAAGCGUCCAUGGACCUCAUGAGGAGCAACAAGGAGUAUUUAAUCUAGACGACCUCCAUCAACCACCAAUGAACGUUCCUGAAGAAGAGAUGCAUACACCAUUAACCGAGCAAGAGACGCCCACGGAUGUCACUCAUGAACAGAAUGUAGAUUUACAUGAAAACACUGACGAUCAAUCACACGGUAAUGAUGUGAACGUCGUAUCACACACUGAAUCAGCUAGUCCACAUGAAUCUGUAGAUGAUAGUGAAACUUCACCUUCUGAUGAUAAACAAACGGUGACGCACGUUGAAGAAACCAAAGUUCCUGAACAUCUUCCCAUUGAAAACCAACUAUUAGAAUCAACAGAACCUAGUUUAGAUAAUAAAUUUGAAUACAACGUUCACAUGACUGAAGCAGAACAUGUGGAACAGCCUCUUGACAAUCAAGAUUCUAGUCCUGUGCCAGCAGAAGGAGAAGCUCAGCCUGAAGUGCCAAAGCCUGAUUCCAGCGAACCUCCAUCAGAAAAUUCUCCAGAAUCAGACAGAGCUGAAGUUCAUGAAAGUCAAAAUGAACCGGAUGAACACAAAGUUGGAGUUUCUGACAGUACUAUGCCUGAAGUUCCUGUAGAAGAGCAUUUCCAAGAAGCCGACAAUCAGUCAGAAACUCACCCUGUUGCACCAGAGGAUUCAGAACAUCAAAAGGAGCCAUCGCACGAACUUGGUGAAGAGGUCCAAGAACACACGCCUGAACAUGAAGUGGAACUGCCACAUGAAAAUGAAGAGCAUCAUGAAGAAUCAACACCACAGCAUGAAGUUGUUAUGGAAGAAAAUAAAUCCACGUUAGAAGGACAAGAACCAUCCGAAACGUCAACUGAAAGUCAUGAAAAACAUCCGGAUCAACAAGAAUUUACUCUUGAGGUUCAUGAAGAAGAACCCAGCCAAACUGAAGAACACGUUUCUCCUUCGGAAGAUCAAGUUUCUCCAUCAGAAGAACCCUUUUCUCCAUCAGAAGAACACGUUUCUCCAUCAGAAGAACACGUUUCUCCAUCAGAAGAACAAACGGUAUCUCCUGUAGAAGAACAUAAGGAAGAAGGUGAAACAUCCCAUUCUGAAGUUCCAACCAAAGACCAUGAACUACCUGUUCAACAUGAAGUUGUAAGCGAAACUGUGAAACCUGAAACCACAUCAGAAACAGAUGAACAUCCAGAACAUAGCUCUGAGACCCCUCUUGAGCAUUCGCAUGAAGUUCAAACAGAAGAACCACAAUUACAAAGCCAUCAUGAAGAAACAACGUCAGAUGUAGAACACGACAAGCUUGAAGAAAAUACACAUCCCGUCGAAGAAAUGCAAACAGUAGAGGUGACCGGACACGACACUCAAACUGAACAUCAUGUUGAAUUGCCUGUGGAAUCUCAUCAAACAGAAGGGCCUUCAACUCAUGACGAAUUCCAUUCAGAAGAUGGGGUUGCACCUCAACCAGAACAGCCUGUAGAAGUAGAAGAGCUCGUAACCAAACCAGAAGACCAUCAAAAUGAACACAAAGAAACAACAACCCAACAUGAAGAAAACACAGAUCAGCAUUCUGUAGAACACCACCAAGGCGAAGAGGUUCCAUUAGAACACGACUCUCUUGGAGAAGGAUCACACACUGAAUCUCACGUAGAAAAUAGUACUCAGCAGCCCUUUCUUUUGGAAUCUGACGACUCUGGUCCAUCAGUUGGUGAAUCAGAUAAAGUUGAAGUUGCACCUGAUACGCACUCCACUGAAACAUCGCAUGUAACCGAACCUUCAUCCCCGCCUCCGACUGUCUUGCCAAGUUCGACCGAGCACCCUCAUCCAAGCGAACAUAAACCUGGCACUCACCCCUUAUUCCCCAGUUGGUCUCAAAAACCUUUCGAGCAUCAAACUUCACAACCAGAAGUACCGCAUAAUCAAGAAGAAACGCAUUACCCUUCAGGCCUAGAACCAGACUACGAAGAAGAAGAUGGAACGAGCUACGGACCCGGAACGUGUAGAUAUGGUGGGAAAGUGUACCUUUCAGCGCAGCAAAUCCCCAGGGAAGACCCUUGCGACUUCUGCUUCUGCUUUAGAAGCGAUGUGAUCUGUUUGCAACAGAGCUGCCCACCGCCAAUUAAAGGUUGCUAUCAAGAAACGAUCAAAGGCUUCUGCUGCCCACGAUACGAAUGCCACGUAUCCACCGCCACUGUAUUAAACAUUACCACAACGACCACAACAACGACAACGACUCUUCCGCCUCACUUCUUAGCCCAUGCUUACAACGGUGCAGCUGUAAAACAAGGAUGCCAGGUCAAUGGCGUCGCUUACAGCGUAGGACAAAGAAUACCUUCUACAUCUGGUCCAUGCUUAGAAUGCAGAUGUGGAGGAAAUGGCCAAAUGGAUUGUGAUCCAACCCUGUGUGGGCCGCAAGAAGCUUUGUUGAGACAAGUGAUGGAUGCCGCCGCCGUAAGUAAGAGGAGGUGAGCCACGCACGAUUCCAACAAAGAAGGUGCCAUUCUCAGCUCAACAACCCAUGACUGACGUGAUACAGACGUAUCACAAAGGACUGAUCAUAAAAUUAACGAAUACGAUGAGCAUUUAUAUUCUUCAAGUGUUUAAGGGGCCAUAAAGACUUUAAACGAGUGAAGCCCACGUGUGUUAAAAUAAUGUAUUUAUAAAUUUAGCCAGUUUGUAUUCUGGUUCCCAAAAUCUCAUUUUAAUUGGGCACCACAAGUUUUGAAGCCUACUUGUUUGACUGGUCGAAUUCUGCCAAUUUUAAAAAAAUUUAUUUACAUUUUCUUUAAAUUACUAGGCAUGCGAAUGAUUUCUACCACUCGAACAUAGGCUUAUUUGUAAAUUAUAUUUGCUAUUUUAGGUUGGAAGUAGUCUAAGUUAUUUAUGUAAACAUUCAAACUAUUAAAGAAAAAAGAAAAGGACCUACAAUAAGUAAAUGUGAUUUAAUAUGUGUGAUUAAAUGUUGUAAAAGACGAUUGUGCACUACAAGCGUACGUGCAAUAUUUUCACCUUUUUAUACUUUUUGCUAAUUUACUAGACCUUAUAGAAACGUAUAUGAACCAUUUUUUGGAAUAGUGCAGGAUUAAACAUGUUCAUACAUUCUCAAUA